CUCCACUUUACUCACUUUUUGCUGACUCAUCUUACUUUUUCCUCAUUUUCUACUCCUGAAAUCCUCUCUCUGUUUUGUUAUACGAAAAUUUCAAAACAAGUGCAAGUUUAUCAAAGUGAAUGCAGUGCUCCUCCUGAAGCAGAAUCUGCGGCGGAAUGAAGUUUCCCAAUCACGUAAUGUAAUUUGUUGACAGGUAUUUUCAGUUUUCUCGGAGAUAUGUAGUACAGUUCGUGGGGAUGUUGUGAUUUUGGAGAAUGCACCUAUGUGUGCGAUAUUUCAGUUUUUGCGCUUGAUUGACUCGAGAUUCUUGUAAUGGAAUCCUGUGACUGUGUCGAGACUCAGUGGCCAGCUGAUGAACUCCUGGUGAAAUAUCAGUAUAUAUCAGAUUUUCUUAUUGCGAUUGCAUACUUCUCCAUUCCAUUGGAGCUUAUUUACUUCGUUCAGAGGUCUUCUUUCUUCCCGUAUAGAUGGGUGCUAAUACAGUUUGGUGCUUUUAUUAUUCUUUGUGGAGCAACCCACCUGAUUAAUUUGUGGACAUUCUCUCUACAUUCAAAAACUGUUGCAAUGGUAAUGACCAUAGCUAAAAUGUCUACAGCUGCUGUCUCAUGUGUGACAGCUUUAAUGCUUGUUCAUAUCAUUCCUGAUUUGCUUAGUGUGAAAACACGGGAAUCAUUUCUGAGAAGUAAGGCUGAAGAAUUAGAUAGAGAAAUGGGACUCAUCAUAAAACAAGAAGAAACUAGCAGGCAUGUGCGCAUGCUGACUCAUGAGAUCAGAAGUACACUUGACAGACACACAAUCCUGAGAACUACUCUCGUCCAGCUGGGGAGAACCUUGGAGUUGGAAGAAUGUGCACUGUGGAUGCCAUCAAAUAGAGGUUUGAAUUUGCAACUAUCCCAUACUCUGAGCAACUUGAUACCUGUUGGAUCCACUGUUCCUAUCAAUCUUCCUAUAGUCAAUGAAGUCUUUAGUAGUGAUGAAGCAAUCCAUAUUCCACAUACAUGCCCCCUGGCAAAUAUUAGGCCUCCCGCUGGUAGAUAUGUUUCUCCUGAAGUUGUUGCUGUCCGUGUACCGCUCUUACACCUCUCAAAUUUCCACAUUAACAACUGGCCUGAACUGUCAGCAAAAAGCUAUGCUGUGAUGGUUCUGAUACUUAAUGGCAUAAGAAAAUGGCGUGACCAUGAGCUUGAACUUGUUGAAGUUGUUGUUGACCAGGUUGCAGUGGCUCUUUCUCAUGCUGCUAUUUUGGAAGAAUCCAUGCGGGCUCACGAUCAGCUUGUACAGCAAAAUGUAGCUCUUGAUCUAGCUCGACAAGAAGCAGAGAUGGCUAUCCGUGCUAGGAAUGACUUUUUAGCUGUCAUGAAUCAUGAGAUGAGAACACCAAUGCAAGCAAUUAUAUCUCUGAGUUCAGUGCUCUUAGAAACUGAGCUAACUCCAGAACAAAGGGUUAUGAUAGAAACCAUACUUAAAAGUAGCAAUGUCCUAGCAACACUCAUAAAUGAUGUGCUAGAUCUUUCCAAACUCGAAGACUGUAACCUCAAAGUGGACGCCAAAAUGUUUAAUCUUCAGGGAGCAUUUACAGAGGUUGUCAACUUGAUAAAGCCGAUCGCCUCCUUGAAGAAGUUGUCGAUGACUUUGGCAUUGGCUCUGGACGUACCUGUAUAUGCUACCGGUGAUGAAAAACGACUAAUGCAGGUCAUAUUGAUUAUUGUGGGUAAUGCUGUCAAGUUCACAAAGGAGGGUUUUGUUGAAGUUGAGGUUUCUGUUGCAAAGCCAGAGUAUAUUCGAUGCUGGAGACCUUCAGAAUUCUGUCCGCCAUCAACUGAUGGCCACUUUUACCUGCGAGUGCAGGUAAGGGAUUCAGGGUGUGGUAUCAAUACUAAUGAUAUUCCGCGUCUGUUCACCAAAUUUUUUGAGCCAAGGAGCUCGUCAAAUCGACGGAAGAGUGGUGCGGGUCUCGGGCUUCCCAUUUGCAAAAGGUUUGUCAAUCUCAUGGGAGGUGAAAUCUGGAUAGAAAGUGACGGCCUGGGUAAGGGUAGCACUGUUACAUUCAUAGUCAGACUUGGCAUAUGCAACAACCCAAAUGUUUUACCAGCGGCUGCUGUAGACGAAGCAAGUCAUCGACGAGAUGAUCUCUUUAAUGCAGACUUCAGCAGAAAUGACGACUUGGCGUCUCUGUCAGUUCCACGUUAUGUAACGACUCCUCAAUAGGUUAGCAUGCUUGGGCGUGCAGGUAACACGCAAGUAAGGGGCACAUAUCAACUCGCUAGUCACUAACAAAGGAAUAAACGUCAAAUGUGGCCACGUUGAUAUUUAAAAUUUAAUACGGACGGUUUAUUGCUUCAAGUUCAUAUAAAUGCUGGCUAUAUUUGCUUUUGUUAGAUUCUUUUAUGUUAAUAAACUCCUGAUAAGUAACUACUUUGCAUCUUCCAAACGGUACACGCCCCCAAUUACGUCAUAUGCAAGCAUUUUAUGGUAAAAAACGUAAAACCAAAUAUAAUAUAAGAUACCAUGAGUUCUAAAGAACAACACAUGGUAAAGGUGUCCCAUUGAUGGUAAAAGUUAAAGAGACAUGUAAAAAACCCUUUAGCCUACAUCAAUUGGUGAUUUAAGCUGAUUAAACAAUAUGCUUACGCCAUCAAUUAGCAUACACUAGUGUUGGAAAAUGUUUAAGUAGCAGUCGCAUCUGUGAUUCAAGGGAACAGCAACCACAAAAUUAAUAAGCAAAUAGUAAAAACAUCUUAUAAAAGGAUGGAAAUAUCCGAGGAAAAUUUUAGAGGCAUCAUGUAAAAACCAGCUUAUAAUUUAACAUACUAUAGUGAAAACAGAUGGGUGUAAUUUCAAUACUCCUUUCACUAAACAACAUAGUUAUGUGAUUACGACAA